GUUUUUGUCACGUGAAAAUGUGCAGGUUCGUAAGGUGCACAGCAAUGUUGAUAUGAAUACCAGAUAGCGGUAGAGGAAUUAGGAGAUGUGAACAAAAUUGGAUGCCCUAGUUCAUCAGAAGAAGACGGGUCUUGUUAAAUAGUGUUCCAUUGUUAAGCCAGUCUCCAGCCUGUACCCACACUGUAGUGGUGCAAUGAGAUAACAGUCUCGCAGACGUGUAACAAUAUAACAUUCUCACAGUCAGCAGAAGAAGAUAUCUAGCAAAGCCAUGGCAUCUUCAGAACGUGGAGAUAGAAGUCAUAUAAAAUAUGACGUCCUUCCUCAAGACGAAGAGGAACAGGCUGAGCAGGAAAUGGCUGCAGCAGCAAAAGAUGAAGAAGACCCGUCUUUAUUUAUAAAUGCAAAUGAAGGUUGGUGGACAACAAUAACACCUUACAAGGUGUUUGUACUAGUGCUGCUGUUACUAGCUUUCCUGUUGAACCAGCUGGACCGUUUCAUGCUUGCCAUCACUAACAAGUCCAUUGCUCAGGAUAUUCAAUAUGGAGACAAAGGCUGUAUGAUUAACUCCAGCUUCACCAAAGCAGAAGUUCAUGGUAUUAAGUGUGAGAACAUUCAAUCUCAAUCAAACUGUACAUCAACCAUGAACAACAAUGGCAGUGUGGUGUGUGAAUGGAACUAUAAUGGCCAGGGACUGUUGUACCAGAUCAUUGCUGGUCCCGUCUUCAUUGUUGUCUUCACCUUCUCAGGGAUACUUGUUGGCUUCUUGGCUGACAAGUAUAACAGAAAGAAUCUACUGGCCAUAUGUUGUAUGUUUUGGUCUUUGAUGACGUUACUCAUGGGCUUCGUACAAGACUACUGGCAGUUGGCUAUUCUCCGCUUUGGUCAAGGAUUAGGAGAAGCAGGAUGUACUCCUUUUGCAGCCUCCAUAAUAACAGACUACUUCACAACAGAGACACGAGGGCUGGCAAUCGGUAUCUACAACUGGGGCAUCUAUAUGGGAUAUAGUCUUGCUUAUGCUUUUGGCAACUUUAUUACACUUGCUGACAUUAAUGGCCAGGGAUGGAGAUGGUCAUUCUUUUUGUCUGGAGCUCCAGGAAUACUCCUUGCUAUCAUUAUAUUCAUAUUUCUGAAAGAGCCUGAAAGGAAACGAGACACCAAAAAGGGAGAUAAGAAUGCUCCAGUAGCAGAGUUAUCGGGUAUCGAGAAAUUGAAAAAACUUGGACGAUAUUUCAUAAGUCCAUCUGUAAUUCUGAUCUGCUUAGCAGGGUCUAUCAGAAAUGCUGCUGGAUAUGUGUUUGCCUAUAGUACACAGAGAUACUUCACACUGAUUGGUCAGACUACAGAACAGAUUGGCACCUGGAUGUCAUGGAUACCACUUGUUGGUGGUAGUCUUAGUGUGCUUGUGGGCGGGUUUAUUGCUGAUCGAGUUGUCAAGAAACGAGGAUUGUAUGGACGAAUAUUAAUUAUAUUCGUCAGCUUGAUUGUAGCAUCACCUUUUGCUGCCGGUACCCUUUUCUUUGACCCUCCAGCUGCUUUUGCCUUCCAGAUACCUACAUAUUUGUUUGGUGAGAUGUGGAUCGGAAUCACGUUAGCUGUAAUCGUGGAGCUGAUGCCUGUGGACAUCAGGACCACAGGUGUUGCCCUCUACCUGUUCAUUAUCACAAACAUUGGAGGAAAUGUGCAAUUACUCAUACCCAGUAUACGGGAAGCAUUUGAGUCUCACGAUUACUCCAAGAUACAGGCUUGGAGAGCCACACUGUACAUUCUGUACCCUGGACCUUACAUUUAUGGAGCUCUGGUCUACAUUUUGGUUUUCUUUGUGGUCAAGCGUGACCAGAAACGUGCCCAAAGCAGCAACUAUCAUGAGAUGUCAUCAAGCGGAGAGCAAAAAUAGGAAGCCAUCAUAUUUGUCAGCCUCCUUGAAUACUAUAUCAUUUACAUUGUAUCAACAGAGUCAAAGUACUGUGAUAUGUAUUAUUGAAGUCUGAUAGCAGACCAGAAAUAUAAGAAAACAUUUGUCUGACUUGUCUUCCCAUGAGUGUUGUUUUGUAUGGAUUACAAAUUUUAUAUGUGGUGAAUGAAGUUGAUGUAUCCAUGUGUUACAUUUGUUGUAACAUGUAGGGACUUUGUCUCACAUUAUUUAUAUAUUGCUGAUGUCACCAAUGUUUUUGUUUUGUUGAAUUUGUCAACCAAGUAGAAAUAUUUGCCACAGUAAAUAUGUAAUUCAAAUAUUGAUGAAAGUAAAUUUGCAUUAUGCUGUUAUGAAUGGUGAAAGUAUCUGUGUAUAUGUAUUAUUGUAAGGAAGCAGUGAUUGAAGAAAGAAUGAGUUCUGUCAGUAAGAUUUUGAAAAAAACCUAUCGAGUCUUGAGAGAUGCUAUCAUUGCUUUAAAAGAAUGGUGAGGUAGAAGAAGAGGUCUGUGAUAGAUCUUUGUAUAAUCCUUUUAGUAAGAAAUAUCUUCAUAGUAUACUUUGAAGAGUUAUGUGAAGGACUUUUUAUUCUGUGUUUCUUGAAUAUUUACCAAAUUCCAAGUAUACCUUAGAAAUUAGAAAACAAUAUUUCACAAUAAAAUCCACUCUUCAGAAUUUCAUUCCAAAUAAAGUCAAUUAUAUGUAAUUGAGAUAUUGGAUUAUUGACAAUAUCACUAGUGACCCAGUUUUCUUUAUAGUUUGGUUACAUUGUUGUAUAACCAUUGGUUACCUUGUUGUAAUCCUGCACUAUUGGUUGCCAGGGAGCACUCUGAUCUACUGCGUUCCUCAGUGGCCAUGAAAUAGUAUUGUAUGUUACCAUGAUCUACUGGGUUACCAUUGGGUACUGGUGAUAUCCUGGUAACUAUUGGUAACCUGAUCUCCUGACCAAAUGUAGUGGGUACCUUACACACUUGAUCUACUGGUUCCUAUUGGCAGCCAAUGGGUAAUCUGAUCCCCAUAUAUAAUGUAGUGGGUACCAAUGACAAUAUAUUGGUUGCCAUUGGUAACCAUUUGUUUUGCUCGUGGUUACUAUGGAGUACCAAUGAUAAUAAGUGUAUGAUCUCUGACCUGUUGUAUUUUGUCUCACUAACAGAGACUUAUACUCUCUACAUUUGACUUGUUGAAGAAUGCAUUUAUUUUUGAAUAUUGUAACAUAAGUGAUAUAUAUAUAACUAUUAUAUAGAGUGAUGAAGAAGAUAUAUU